CAAAAAUGACCUAUCUCAAUUAUGUGCCAUACAUCUUUGGUUAUAAUUUGAACCAACUUCUAAAAUUCAUUGUUCUUAAAUUCAUUUCCUUUUGUAUGGUUAAUUGAAUUGAAUGAAAACUCGAGGAAAAUGGAUGUAAUAAGGAGAACGACAUCUAAUUUGUUUUGGUAGAUGGAACUUGUGAAUUGUGAUCAAGACCUUUGAAUGGGAUGCGCUUGCGCUUCAAUUACAGCACUCGGCUUGCUGGCACGGCACUCCCUGCACGGCGAAACAAACGACCGAAACACGCUCGACCACGACGUCGACGACGACGACUCCUCUUCUUCAUCUUUGAUCCUUCGACCCCCUCUUCUGAUACUGUUGUUUCUUACCACCAACCAUCUCUGCCCAUCAUCAUCUCUGAUCCUUCGCCUGCCACUGCCACUGCCACCAUCAUGAUCAUCGCAACAAAUCGGACCAAACUCGAAUCCUUGGUCUCCUGUUUUGAUCAGACCCCCAGAAUUGGGUUCACGGUCUUUACAAGUUAAGUAGGCAGCAAAGGAGAGAGAAGAGCUAAACGAAUAACUCGAGCUGCCACUGCUACUGAUAUCGGGCUGCGCAGGGUUCUUUGGGUGGAUUCCCAUGCCUGAGUUUGAGUUUGCCAUGGCCCCAAUUUGAAAUCUCUCUCUUUAUAUACACAAAUGGAACCUGUUUUCUUACUUCAAUAUCUUGGAACUGCAAGUAUACCUUUGUCUUUGCCUCUCUUGACUUGCUGAUCACAUCUCCCCUUCUUUUUUUUUACCUCUGACUAUGGUGGACAUAUCAAAGAGUUUUGGCUAAUAUAUAAAUACUGAUUUCAUCUAACUCAACGCUUGUAGGUGAAUAAACCAAAGAUGGGUUGGUAUCUGAAAAUCACAUUACCAAGCAUAUAAAAUUACACCCAAACUACUUGGACUGCGAUGCCGUCUUUCUUGGGUUUUCGUUUUAAAUAUAUAUAAUAUGAUAUUGAGGCUUUUUAUAUAACUACACUAUUAAUUUAUUAAUAAAUAUUUGCAGUAGAGGGCCUGUAUAUGCUCCAUUUUACUUUUACAGAUGGUUUAAUUAGAUAAUUACCACCUGUAGUCUUGCAGGGGAAUAGGACAAGGCCCAUCUUUUGUUGCGUCUGCAUUCCUAUUCUUUCUCCGAAGCCCCGCUUUACCGAGUCUUCAUCCUUCGUCCUCGACUCUCUCUCAAUGCAUUAACUACGAGAGAAGGAACAACUUUUGGACAAUAUAUUAGCAAAGGCAGACACCAAACUUCAAAAAACCACAUCGAGAAGAGAGAAACAUUAGAGAAAGAACAAUGCUUGAGAAGCUUUGGGAUGAUGUUUUGGCUGGCCCUCACCCUGAUCGCGGCCUUGGAAGACUAAGGAGAAUCGCCACCAGCAUCACAGAUACGGAGGGAGAAGGACGAAAGUACCAGAGAUCCAUGUCGAUGCCUAGCCCCGAAACGCCGUCGUCUCCGGCGUCGCCGCGUGCGGCCGACAAUGUGUGGAGGAGUGUGUUCAACCCAGGUAGCAAUCUCGCAACCAAGGCCAUCGGCACCAAUGUUUUCGACAAGCCUCAGCCCAACUCUCCCACCGUUUAUGACUGGCUCUACAGUGAAGGAUCCCGGAGCCAGCACCGCUGAUGUAAAUAUGGUUCACGGUGUGCGCCUCUCCACUGUCCGGCUGCAAUUGAUCU